CCGAUACCUGCUCUGCGCGUGGCCGUGUUCGCGGGCGUGUGCUUCACAGGUAUCAUAUAUUCCUCAGUUUUUCAGUGCGGUGAAGUUACGCGCGAGGAUGCAGAGCUAUUAUUCUGGAUAUAUUUAGACGAACCGAAAGAAACAUGUUUGUCUUGUAGUUUAUUCUGAUAGUUUUGUUGUUUUUUUAAAUGGCCUCGUUUCGGUAAGUUUAACGCGUCGGUUAAAUGGGUGUAACAAUGAAAGACAUACACCUGCCAUCCGAUUUAUGCAUCAAUGGUUCAGCAAUAAGGAUCUUCUGUCCCACAUCCGCCUCCAUUUGUGUGUUUGACACAGCUGUUGGCAACACGUCUUAUAGUUUGGACAACUCCAAUAAAAACUUGACGGUCAGCACACAAUCUCUAGGCACUGACAAAUGGAGCAAUUACAACUUCUGGACGGGUUUGACACUGGCCGUCCUCUCAGCGUUUCUCAUAGGAGGAAGUGUUAUCCUGAAAAAGAAGGCACUGCUGCGUUUGGCCAGUACUGGGGAGACGAGAGCAGCCGAGGGAGGUCAUGGGUACCUGAAAGACUGGCUAUGGUGGGGAGGCCUUUUGACAAUGGGCGGAGGCGAAGCAGCAAAUUUUGCAGCCUACAUGUUUGCUCCAGCCACAGUGGUGACCCCUCUAGGAGCUCUCAGUGUUCUUAUUAGCGCAGUGCUGUCCUCCCACUUGUUCAGAGAAACAAUGAAUCUGCUAGGGAAGCUGGGCUGCAUGCUCAGCGUACUGGGAAGCACUUUAAUGGUUAUACAUGCACCUGAAGAAGAAGAGGUGACCACGCUUACAGAAAUGGCAGAGAAACUCCUGGAUCCUGGUUUCCUGGUGUUUGCCAGCAUCCUGUUGGUCACUUGUUUAAUCCUGAUCUUCUACGUCUCUCCUCGAUUCGGUCAGUCCAAUAUAUUGGUGUACAUCAGCAUCUGCUCUCUGCUCGGAUCCUUUACUGUGUCUUCUGUCAAGGGUCUAGGCAUUGCAAUCCGCACCAUGUUCACCGACACUUCAGUGGUUCGUAACCCUCUCAUGUGGAUUCUUUUGCUGACCUUAAUAGGAUCCAUCAUCAUCCAGAUCAACUAUCUGAACAAAUCCCUGGAUACUUUCAAUACUCUCUUAGUUUACCCCAUCUACUACGUCUUCUUCACCACAGUGGUCCUGAGCACGUCUGUGAUCCUAUUUAAGGAAUGGGGUGCCAUGUCAGGAGUGGACGUGGUGGGCACCAUUGGGGGAUUUUUGGUGAUUGUGAUUGGGGUGAGCAUGCUGAACAUCUUCAAGGACUUGAACGUUUGUUUUGAAGAUCUGAGAAGCAAUCUUUGUCAGCCGCUGGGCCAGGAGAGCCCAUCGAAGAGGGAAGACAAGCACAUCCUCAUAGAGAACAUAGAGACCCUGCCGCCCAUGAGAGAGGAAGGGCCCAGAGUCUUCAUCAUCAGCUGAGAGUGUGUGUGUAUAUAUAUACACAUAUAUACUACCUGACAAAUUGUGUCGUCGAACCCAGUUGUAAGAGCAAACAAUAAUCACUUGACGGCUAGUUGAUCAUUUGAAAUGUGGCAAAGGGUAGAUUUUUCAGAUGAAUGCACCCCAAUCAUCACAAAUACUGCAGUAGACCCACUUGAACAAGCAUGGACUCAAGAAAUCAGUCAAGUUUGGUGAAGGAAAAAUCAUGGUUUGGGGUUAUAUUCAGUAUGGGGAUGUGCGAGAGAUCUGCAGGGUGUAUGGCAACAUCAACACCCUGAGGUAUGAAGACAUUUGUGCUGCCCAUUACAUUACAAACCACAGGAGAGGGCAAAUUCUUCAACAGGAUAGCGCUCAUACUUACUUCUCAUACUUUAGCCUCCACUUUAAAGUUCCUGAAAGCAAAUAAAGUCAAAGUGCUCCAGGAUUGGCCAGCCCAGUCACCAGAUAUGGACAUUAUUGAGCAUGUCUGGGGUAAGAUGAAAGAUAAUCUAAAGAAUCUUGAUGAACGCUUGGAGUCAUGCAAGAAGGCUCUCUUUGGCAUUCCAGAUGACUUUAUUAAUGUGAUUUGAGUCAUUGCAGAGAUGUAUAGAUGCAGUCCAUAAUCUAGAGGCCUUUGCCUUUCAUAUUAGCCACUUCUGAUACCAAAUGAUCAACUAGAAGUCAAGUUAUUAUUUGUUGUUCCUAAAACUUGUAUAGGCGACAAGACUUUUAAUCAGGUAGUAUACCAUAGUUAACAUCUGAAGUGGAUCAAAACCUUUCAUCAAAGUUGUCCUACAACUAUUGAACAACACCCAUACUUGUCUUAGAACAAUUUUGAAAAGUUUUUUGAUCCACUUGAAAUGUUGACUACUGUACUGUUUAUAAUUUGUUCAAUUUUUGUUCAUUUCCUCUGCUGAAAGCCAUACUGUGACGCAGUGAUUUGGAUUGACUACUGCUGAAUAUGGUGAUGCAGACAUUUUCUUCUAGGCAAAACGGGUGAUGAUUAAAUAUUAAAAUAGUAUAAACAGAAUAUGAUGUAGCAGAAUAUUAAAUCCUGCUGCUGACAACUGACACUUAAUGUGAAUGAUUAUACAGUAAAUAAAUACAUUUGGUAUAUUUCUGUUGAAUGGAUCUGCAUGUGUUAUACCGCUGAAAAUAGACAAAUAAAACAAAAUCAUGUGCACAUGCUAUUGAAUGGAAAAGAGAAAUAUCUUACAGGGAAUAUGUUGUACUUGAAAGAUGCUGUUACAUAUGUUACAUGCUGCAUGUGUCAGGAAAUUCAUAACAUUUUAUUAACCAAUAUGAUAUCAGAGGCUCUGCUGUUUUCUAAAUCACUAUGGUGCCUGUAUUCAUGAUGCAUCAUGCCUCAAGUAUGUCUGUUAUUGCACAAUGCAAAUAUUAAAGGCAAAAUAUAUGCAAUAAUCUUACUUUUUUAAAUAAACUCAUUGAAUUCCAUCCUUCCAACAGAAAAA